CUAUUCUAAAAUGUCACAAAUGCAACGAAACUGUUUGGAGGAUGGAUCAAUAUGGGAGUCAGAUAUGGAAAAACUAUAUAUAUAGAAAGCCUAUAAUAUCGUUAUAUUAAACUCCAAUCAACGGCAGGAUGUCGUGGCUACUUUAUCGACACUUGAUCUUCCUUGGUUUAUCUUUGCUGAAAUUUGAAGGUUGUGAAGGAUUUUUUCUGAGACAUACUCUGUCUGGAAAGUGCAUUUCUGCAGAAGAACUGUUUUUAAUUACUUCCGCGGGCACACGUUAUUGGGCUGAAUUGGUUGACGACUGUUUGAGUAAAAAUGCAUCAUUUCGUUACCUUCAGAACAAACUUAUGCAAAAUAUUGGCACAGGAGGAAACCUUGUGACUUCUGAUAGUCCUAUAUAUCAAAACCGUUUGUUCGUAUUCGGCGGUAAAAGUAGCUCCGGAAAAAUAUAUAUGAACAGUCCUACUUACCGUUUAAAACAAACCAAUGCUGGAACGCUAUAUUUUUACGACAAAAUCAGGAACUCAUGUGCUCAGCCUGAUGCGAGAAGAAAAUAUAUUGAUGAAAAAAAGAAUGGAUGCAGGGAUGCAGAGGAACAAAGAUUUACUUUUGGUUCAGUGACACAGUAUGGUACGAAGAUGAAAGAUGUUCAUUGUUCUUCCAUACAACAUAUGGUGUUUACGAAUGCCCGCUAUGGAGACUUUAAUACGAAUGGCAAGUUUGAUGGCGCGGCAAGCAGUGAAGCCGAGUGUAAUGCUGUAGCAAAUUGUAAGGUUAAAUCUCUUUGUAGUGGAAUUAAGAACAGGUCUUGUGACCUGACCAUUGACAACAGUUUCCUGCCACAAUCCCUUUGUUCUGAUCCUACAAAAGAACUUUUCACCGAAUACACCUGUGUGGAUAAUUAUAUUGAAGCAAUAACAACAGCGCGUAACAUACGGUUAAAGAAUUUACCCAACGGAGGACGUCUUCAAAUAAAAGAUGGUUCAAGUUGGAGAUAUGUUAGAGAAGAUAAUUGGGAUAAAAAACGUCAGAAAAUGCUGUGUCAGCACUUGGGGUUUGUUGAAACUACCGAAAAUAAUAUUAUGAGAAGAAGAAUGAGAUUUCUCGGUGGACUUAAGAUUGCAUCAGGGGACUUGAUAUGUUACCGCAGACACUCAAAAGGAACAUCAUGUUGUGCUCAUCUUGUUCUCUCAACAACCAGGUCAUUUGUUUCUGUGCCAUAUGUUAAAUGUAAGAUGUGCAAUGAACCAGAGUUACUCCAAAACCGAACAACUUUUCCUGAUUCCGUUUUCUCUGGGAGUGGUUCUCAUUCUUUCAUGAACGCAAGAUUUGAUAGAAGUGGUUGGUGUACCGAAAUUAACAGACCAAAGUAUCUUUUGAUUGAUCUUCAGAAAGAAUAUCACAUAACCCGAGUCGUGACAAUGGGUAAUAAAGACCAGACCAAAUGGAUUGGUCAGUACAUAAUGGCAUACAGCUUUGAUAACAGUUUUAGGCACGCAAGACAGAUGACUGGAAACACAAACGGCUUUCAAGCAUUAAUUACACGUUUUAAUAUUUACAACGUGAGGCAUAUAAAGAUACAAUCGAAUAGGAAAACAGAUUUUUGUUUACGAAUAGAACUCUGUGGAAAAGUUCAAAUGCCAGCACCUGUGAAAGAUGUUAUAAUUAAAGUUGAAGGAAAUUCAGCCAAAGUGAGAUUGGACAUAGAAAGAUCAGCAUCAGCUUCGAGUUACAUCAUAAAGCUCAAUGUAUAUCUUAAUGGCGAAAAACACCAGACUGUAACUCGGCGACAAUCCUUUGGUAACUUCAGCAUUAUUGGACUCACACCGAACACUAUUUAUUAUGUUGGAAUUGAGACGGAAGAUGGUUCUUUCCUAAAGAGCAGCAGGGUUUCUACAGUGAUUAAGACGAAAACAGGUAACAAAGCUGCUAACAGACCAAUUCGCGGAACACGAUCUUACUUAUUUGGUGUAACAUUCGUGGCUGGCGGAAUAUUCGGUAUAUUGCUUUCUUACGUUGUCGGACGUUUUCGCCGUUACCGAAAACGCCGGAAACAUCAGGCAAGCUCUGAAGUUCCAGGGACAUCAACUGACAAGGCUGAACAAAACGCAACCUAUGACAGCCUGGAUCUCACUAAGAUGAACUUUGAAGAUAAAUAUCAAUCGCUGAGGAAGAGUCUGAGUGGAAAGGAGGAAGAAACAUGUGAACAUGCUGAACCUUACACGCAAUUGAAUAAAAUUAGAGAAAUUGAAGAACAUUAUCAAGCUCUUAAAUGAAUAAAGAUAUACCACUAUUUUUCAUGUAUCUGUGGAUCGACAAGGAACUUACUGCGGAUUCAGGUUGAGUGUUCAGUGUUCAAAAACGUCACAAAUGAAGCAGGCCGAUUAUUUACGCCCUGAAGUGUCUUAAUGGUAGGAAAUAUAAUUUUAAUAAAGAAGGUGAUCACAAAACAAGCUUUUUUCCUGGAACGUUCGUCGAUAUACGCACAGCGCAACCUCUUAAGGUCUCGUCAGCCGUUGUAUCUAAAAUUUUGAAACGCUAUUGCCAAGAUUAAUUAGUUCCGCGGAUGGAAGUCCUAUAUAAAUCAUAGUCUUUUACCUGACGUUGUCCUGCAAUAUAUUGAGUUUUUAAAAAGCCAGCGUCCAUCUAUUGCAUACAAGAAAUCUUGCAAGAAUUUUACGAGUUUGUAAACAUGCUAUAUAGAAUGCGUACGAUGCGUAACUGCAUGCUGGUGCUGAUUUUAAUGGAGAUUGUCGGUUGCCACACGGAACAAUCGUCUUCUUGCCCGAGUUUAGUAAUCUCAUUAUUUGAGAUUUACGUAUACAUGCUCAGCCGUGCCAACUUCCUCAUCACGAUUAGCCAAUCAUAUUUGAGCUGAAAUGACUAUUGACCCAUUAAAUCAAGGCAGUGGUCACAUAACCCGGUACGGAAAUAUCAAUUUAUGGAGGGAAUUUUGAAUAUUUUGAUCCAAGUGAUUGUUUACAUAUUUUUACACACCAAGUUAUACACAUUUUCCCCAUGGAAAUGAGGUUCUUUGAUUGU